UGAUUCUGCGGCGUCCGGCUCCUCCCCGCGCACCCCGGGCGGGCCGGGCCGGGCCAUGCCGCCGCCUCCCGCCGCCGGGGAGCCCGCCCCAGCGCGUUAAGCCGCCAACUCCCGCUCGGGCCCGGCCCCGCGCCUGCCCGCCGGGCUGCAGCGGCGGGUGACUGCGGCAGGCGGGCCCUCUUCGCUUCGCCCCGCCAUGGCCUCCCGGCUGCUGCGGCUGCUGCUGCUGGCGGCGCUGUGCGGCCGGGCCCCGGGCGGGGAGGUGGCGGCGCCGCUGGCCGAGCUGCGCUCGCAGAUCUCGGGCGUGGAGUCGCUGCUGGAGGAGUUCCGCCGCCAGCUGCAGCCGGACGAAGCCGGCGGGGGCCGCUGCCGGGGCGGCGCCUUCUCCGCCCGGCCCGACGCCAUCAUCCGCACCAAGGACUCGCUGGCGGCGGGCGCCACCUUCCUGCGGGCGCCGGGCGCCGUGGCGGGCUGGAGGCAGUGCCUGCAGGCCUGCUGCGCCGAGCCGCGCUGCUCGCUGGCCGUGGUGCAGCGAGCCCGGCCCCCGGGCGAGCCGGCGGCGCUGAGCUGCUACCUCUUCAACUGCACCUACCGCGGCCGCGCCGUCUGCCGCUUCGCUCCGCACCGCGGCUACAGCAGCUACAGCCUGGGGCCCGCCAACCUCACCCAGCUGCUCGCCCACGGCCCCCGCGGGAGCCCGCUCCCCGCCCUCACCCAGGCAGCAGAAAAUGACAAGCCUCCACACAGCAAGGCAGGACAAGAUAUUGUGCUGCAGUCACCAGUAGACUGGGUGAUUUUGGAUGGCCGAGAAAGCUUAGAUGACCAUGGAAUCAUACAGUAUGAGUGGACUUUGCUGCAAGGUGACUCAUCAGUUGAUAUAAAGGUACCACAGCCAGGAACAUUGAAGCUCUCUCACUUGCAAGAAGGUGUAUACAUUUUCCAACUGACUGUGACAGACACUGCUGGUCAGAAGAGCUCAGAUAAUAUCUCUGUGACUGUUCUUCCAAUGGUUCACUCUGCAUUAGUCAGUCCUGGCCGAAAGACAGUAACUCAUGCAGCUAUCAGCACUGCCCAGCAAAGGAUCGUAGGACUGACUAAAGAUGCAGACAACUCUGUGGACACCCAGAAAAACACUAUAAGAAAUCAACCACUACUUUCACUUGAUGCAGACAAGUCUAACCAAUCACUCUCUCAGGGACCAAAGAAACAAAUCAGUGGGUUUAUGCCAGAGCAGUGCUUAGUGCCCCCCGCUGCCGGCCCUUGUAAAGGGCACUUCCCUCGCUGGCACUUUGAUAUUUCUUCAGGCACUUGCCUACAUUUCAUCUAUGGUGGCUGCAAAGGGAAUGAAAACAACUUCCUUCAAGAAUCUGACUGCCUCAGUGAAUGUGUAGAAAUUCAUGGUGCAAUUUCACAACAGACUGCAACGGAUCUGUCAUCUCAAUCCAAUUCAGAGCCAGCUAAUAGUUCCUCAGGGAAAAGGACAGAUAAGAACGAAAAUGGCAUUGUUGUGUCAAAAAGUGAUCAGGCUACAGGGGGGCAUCCAGUCCCAGAAACAGGUGCUGUGCUACCCCUGGCUUUAGGCUUGGCCAUCACUGCUUUGCUGCUGCUUAUGGUUGCCUGUCGGCUGCGUUUGGUGAGACAGAAACUUAAAAAAGCUCGCCCCAUUACGUCUGAGGAGUCUGAUUACCUCAUAAAUGGGAUGUAUCUAUAAAGAUGGGAUUUAGGUUGCUUGUUUUCUCCACUUCGCAGUUUUCCAUAGGCCUCUGCCUCCAGCAAAUGACUCUCUCUUUAAUAAGACUUCAAGCUUUAAAAAAAAAAAAAAACACCUUCUAGAAAUAUCUCUUUAAAGUCUGCAAGGUGAGAAACAUGUUUGCCCCCUUUGGUUAUAUAGUAGGAUUUUUCUGUUAAUUACCAAGUCCAAUUAGUAAUUUGGAUUAAAUCCUGCUGUGGUUUAAAAAAAAAAA